CCGCCCCCGCGCACCGCCGGGCUGCGGCGGAGCCUCCGCAGCGCGAAGAUGGCGACGCGGGUGUGCGAGAGCCCGGCGCUGCGGCGGCUGCUGCGGGGACCCUGCCCGGCCCUGAGCGGAGCCCGGGGAUACUCCAGGGACAGCGAGGGCAGCUGGUUCCGCUCACUCUUUGUCCACAAAGUGGAUCCCCGAACAGACGCUCAUUCCACACUCUUGUCGAAGAAAGAAACCAGCAACCUGUACAAGAUCCAGUUUCACAAUGUGAAGCCCGAAUGCCUGGACGCUUACAACAGCCUGACGGAGGAGGUGCUGCCCAAGCUGCACUCAGACACCGAUUACCCUUGCGACCUGGUUGGGAACUGGAACACGUGGUAUGGAGAGCAGGACCAGGCAGUGCACCUGUGGCGUUUCUCCGGCGGGUACCCGGCCCUCAUGGACUGUAUGAACAAACUGAAACAGAACAAGGAGUAUCUGGAGUUCCGCAAGGAGAGGAGUAAAAUGCUGCUGUCUCGCAGGAACCAGUUACUCCUGGAAUUCAGUUUCUGGAAUGAGCCUUUGCCCCGGGUCGGGCCCAACAUCUACGAGCUGAGAACGUACAAACUAAAGCCAGGGACCAUGAUCGAGUGGGGGAAUAACUGGGCUCGAGCCAUUAAAUACCGUCAGAAAAACCAGGAAGCUGUGGGCGGGUUCUUCUCCCAGAUUGGAGAGCUCUACGUGGUUCAUCACCUCUGGGCCUACAAGGACCUACAGUCCCGAGAGGAGACAAGGAACGCUGCCUGGAGGAAGCGAGGCUGGGAUGAGAAUGUGUACUAUACAGUCCCCCUGGUUCGGAACAUGGAGUCUCGGAUCAUGAUCCCCCUGAAGAUCUCUCCCCUCCAGUGACCCUUCCAGCGCAGGAGUCAGCGAACAGACUCACUGGGGUGUUUCUGCAUCUCCCCCGGAGGAGUGUGUCCCCUUUUCUGUCUGUCUCUCUCUCUCAGUUCGAGGCCAUGCUCUUAGCCCAGGUGCCUCCGUAUUCCCAGACUGCUCGGCUCUGUCGGGAGCACCGGUGGGAGAUGGAUGAAGUAGACUGAACCAGCACAAGGCUGCACAUGGUUUCCUAUCUCUGGGUCCCCAGCUCUGUAUGAAUGGGCCAUGGAGACUGAACUCCCCUUUGCCCUAACGCUGUUCUGGGGAGGCCGCUGGGGACUGAUAGACAUGACCAUAGAGCGCAGCAUAGCUGAGCCAUGCCCCUGUAGUGAGCAUAGUACAGACACCGAGCUAGCUAGACCAAUGCUCGCUGCUCUCUGGGUGCCGGGGCAAUGUUCAGGCAUCUCCCCUGCAAGCCAUUCCUCCCACCACUGGGGAGGGACUGCUGCUGGUCUCCUUUCCAGCAUGCCACUGGGAGGGACCCUUCAUCAUGCCUGGUCGUGUCUGUUACCAUGAAUGUUAGCACAUGGCUAGCCUGGUGUAGGAGAGAACUCCACCUUCCUUGCCCAGGUUGGAAUUCCAGUUCCUGGCUAUGGCGUCCUGUUCCCGGCGAAUCUUGGCGUUACCUGUAUCCUUGGGAACAGGAAGUCCUCCUGCCUGCUGAUGGAACCAGACUGUACUGCCCCACAUCUGCUGAGCCAGGGCCCUCCUUUGUAGAGAGGUGUAUGCUGGAAAGUGGCUGUGGAGCCCAGCAUGUCCUUUCCAUUCACCCUUUCAUGUAAUGGCUCCCAGAUCCAAUUAAUUGACCUUACAAGUCCAAAGGCUUUUAUCUAGCAGCUGCUGCCCACUCCUGACCUGAUGCCAUGGCACUGGGUGCUGGGAAGGUCCGAUAUACAGGGUGGUGUAUCCUGGUGGCUUUGGUGGGAGCGGAGGGCAUGCAACAGCAGGCAGGAUUGAGCCCUGGGUUCAGAAGUUGCAAAUGAAGCGGAGUCCUUCUCCCCCUUCCGUUAUCCCUGUGAAUAAUUGGAGUUUAGCUAACACUAGAAGCCACCUUCCAGAGCUGCGUUGGCUCAGCUAGCGUGAAAAGUACAAGCUGGGCUGCGUCAACAGAUCUGCAUCUUGUCUACUCUGGCAAAACUAGUACAUGCAGCACUCCAGCAGCGGUAGCAGUAGCCGUGUAGCCAGGACUUCUGCUGCCCUGUGGUCUAGUGCUGUUCAGAUCCGAGACUAAGAGCCACGAGCUCUUUCCAUACUGCAGCUUCUGCUGGGCUGCAGUGGGUGUGAAUAGAGGGUCCAUUUGUCCCAGCACGUGCACAGCUUCAAGGAGCAGAUACAUGAAGUGAGGUGCCAGUUUUAAUCACUUUUCUUACGCCUUAAGGCCCGAUCUUGCAAUCCAAUCCCUGCACCAAUGAAGAAUGCCCUUGACUUCAAUGGGUCUCCCUGCUAAAUGCAAUCUGAUUGGAGGAUUGGGCCCAUAGGGUUUCGAGAGGAGCCUUGUCUCUCUCUUGAAGACUUAGUUUCUUCCUUGUGUGUGCAGCCCUCAGUCAUAGGGGUGUUUGUACCUAUCCCCAGCGUGGAGGAGAGAGAGAGGAGAGAUGGUCAUCAAUCUACACGGGCCUUUCUGAUAGAGGUCAAUUCCUCCUGUACUUGAUUUAUCUUAAUUAUGACUAAUGGCUAUAUGGCAAAAAACAAAAAAAAAUCUGUUUUGUGUGUGAAGCAUUUUCCUUGUGGGAACUUGUAUGUGUCUGAUUACAAAUGUAACUAAAUAUUUCAUAUGCUA